AUGCCCGUUGUUGGCGGCCGGCGCUACAUAACUUCCACCGCAGUCUUCCUCAACGAGGUUAUAAAGCUUGCCAUUUGCCUCACCGUCGCCCUCUACGAAGUCUCGAAGACCAUCCCCCCCUCCAUGCCCGCAACCACCCUCUUCACAAAUCUUUCCUCCGUCGUAUUUACCGGCGACAGCUGGAAACUUGCUGUCCCAGCAGCGCUUUACACCCUCUCAAACUCCCUCACCUAUGUCGGCCUCUCGAACCUCGAAGCCGCCACGUUCCAAGUCACAUACCAGCUAAAGCUAGUCAUAACUGCCGUCUUUGGUGCAAUGCUGCUGAGAAGGAGUUUAUCCCUAGGCAAAUGGUUGGCCCUGCUACUCCUGCUUGCGGGGGUGUUUAUCGUACAUAUACCCCAUACGGAUCCGAAUGAUUUUGACCCUAACCACGCCCACUUACAUUUCCCUCGCUCGUUGGACGAAUGGCGGCACCUGCGCUCAGUGAACCGCAACAUGCUGCGCAAGCGCUCCGCGACCUACGAAGGCAUCGAGGAGGAUCUCAUGCUAGGCCACCCGCACAUGAACAGUAACAUUGGCCUGCUGGCUACCAUUGGCUCCUGCAUCGCAUCGGGUCUGGCAGGCGUAUCUUUCGAAAAGGUGCUGAAGGACAGUGCCAGUUCGACAACAUCUGUAUGGAUACGCAACGUCCAGCUGGCUAUAUAUUCGAUAUUCCCUUCAUUGUUUAUUGGGGUCGUAUUCCUGGAUGGCGAGAAGGUGGCGCGCGGUGGGUUCUUUGAGGGGUACAAUUGGGUCGUGUGGGCUGUUAUUGGUGUACAGGCUGUCGGGGGGAUUGCGACGUCAUUUGCGAUUUCGCGCGGGGAACAUGGGUUGAGGAAUUCGGCAGCAGGGAUUAGUAUUUUGCUUAGUGUUUUAGGAGCGAUGUGGGAGUUUGAGUUUAGGGUUGGUGGGAAUUUCCUCCUCGGCACCACCCUCGUCCUCGCCGUAAUAUACAUCUACAGUCAACUCCCCCACCAAACCAACACACACCCCCAUUCCCCCUCCCCCUCCCCCUCCCCCUCCCCCUCCCCUCCCCACUCGCACUCGCACUCCCACCCCUACACUAAACAUACCCACACCGGCCCCUCACCCAUCCGCAUCAACAACUUAGGAAAACUCAGCGGUUUCGCCAACUACAGCAACAGCAACAUCAGCCCCUCGAACCCAUCCACAGACGCAGCGAAGGACGGGAAUAAUAAUAAUAAUAAUAACAAUGAUAAUAAUAACCAUGGCCUCACUGUAUCUGGCACUCUCCUCUCCCCACCCAAUGACUUAUCGAUAAAACUCCCCACGACCCGUGGGCUAUCGGAGUCCGCGGCGCUAGCGACGUCUAGGCCUGGUUCUCCGAAUCCUGCGGGUCAUGCGACCAGGCUCAAGGGGUCGUAUUUUGCGCAGAGAGGGGGUGGGUGA